AUGGCGCUGGGGCCGGCCUGGUUCGCGUGCCCCUCGUGCGACCGGAUGGUCACUGGGCUCGUCCUCGGAGCGGGCCCAGAGAACAUGCAGAGCAUGUGCCGCACGCAUUGCUGCUUCCAGUGCCGGGACAGCUCCGGGGCGCGGCACGACGAUUAUUGGUGCGCCGGGACCCCGGGCAGCGGGCUGCGGCAGGUGGAGAUCCCUCGCAGCGGCGGCGGCGGCCCCCUCCUGGCCCACUGCGUCGUCCACGAGCCGAGUUGGGAGGCAGUGCGCGCCCCCGUCCCCGCCCUGCUCUACCUGCACGGCAUCUCGGGCGCGUACUGGCCGGAGGCGCUGUACUGGGAGCUCUACAGCGUGGUGAGCUGCAACGAGGCGGCGGGGCGGUUCCUGAUCGUGGCGCCCCUCGCCGCGCCCGGGGAGCCGCUGGCCGUUGAGUCGGGUCGGCGGCGGCACCGCGACCGCUUCGGCAACCAGGCCCCAUACGUCGAGGAGUUCCAUUGCGAGCGCACUUGGCGUGCGUUUGUGUCGGUGUGCCGCGAGCUGGGCCCGGGGCUGGUCGACUUCUCGCGGCUAUGCGUCACGGGGUACUCGAUGGGGGGCUAUUCCGCCUGGAAGCUGGCAUUCCGCUACGGCUCCCUGCUGUCGGCCGUGGCGCCGAUGGCGAGCUACAUGUUCUGGCCAGAGGACGCGGACGAGCGCGGCGCCGCGGACCACUGCGCCGAGCUCGGCUCUCUGCCCAUCUGCUGGGCCGCAGACGAGCAGGACACCGCGAACUACUCGGUUUCACACCUCAGGUGGCUCGCCGGCACUCGCUCGCUCUGCCCCGAGCCGAGCGUCGCGGAGGCGCCCGUCGGCCGCCCGGGCGACCCGCGCGCGGGGGUCCAGGCGGUGUACUGCAACGAGGACGUGUUCGCGUUCUUCGGCUGGCUGGAGCGGUGCCGGAACCGCGCGGGCGAGCACCUGCUGAUCGCAGACUCCGAGAGAGACGGCUCCGACGUCGAGCUGGGCUGGAAGGUCGACGCCGACCCUGGCUCGGUCAUGCCCCUGGACCUGCACCACGGCGGCGGCGCGCGCGUGAUCCACUGCAGCCCGAGCCAGCUCGUGCUGCAGGUGCCUGAGCACCAAGCGCGUGACGCCCACGAGUGGCAGCACGUCACCGCCUCCCCGCACGUGCAUGGAUGUCGCCACCUCGCGGACCGCGACAUGUACCAUAGAGUUGUGAAGGUGGACGACGUCCAGCCCAUAGCGGAUCAUCCGGACAGACAUCACACAGUGAGGUUGACGACGAAGGAGUUAAAGUCGGCGAAUGAGGUGUUCCCGAAUUGUGAGGUGUUCUUCAGCUUCAACCCCGUUGGCUCGCAGGCCCCAAGGCCGACGCCGCCCGCGGCGGCGCCGCCAGCUCCAGCGCGGCGGCUCGGGGGACUCGGCGGCACGGCGGGCAUGCGGUACAACAAGCCGAAGGUUUCCUCGUCCAGCAGCUUCCAGCCCGCCGAGCACCACGUCGAGAGCAUACUCAACCUGCAGCUGCCCCAUCAGAUGAGCAAGAUCGCCUACAAUUGGGACUACGACAUGAACACGACCAAGAACCCGCAGUUCAGGUACAUCUUCCCCGGCGGCGUGGGGCUCAUGAGGCUUUACCAGCCCUACCUCAUCGCCAACAUUGGGCUCAGAGUCAACUUCAGCAGCCAGAUGAAAGACAUCAGGAAGCCGCCGCACGUGUUCAUCCGGAGCGAGAUCAAUGGCACCGCCAACCUGAACGCGGACAUCGCCACCAUGCUGAAUUUCACCAAACAGAAGCACGCCGCGCCCCCUACAGCAAGGACGAUCGCAAUCGAAGGUGCGGCCGGGAUGGUCGACGCCGGCAGCGGCACGGCGGGCCACCAAGUUGCGGCAGCCAAGUUCGUGUCUCUGCCAGGGGCCAGGCUCUCCGACUGCUUCUGGGCCUCCAUCGAGCGCUUGGGGUCCAUGGAGAGGCCGCUACAUUAUUGGACGGACAGCGAGAACGCUUGCGCGGGCUGA